AUGUCCCCUAGACCAUCUCGUCCACGCAGACAGGGCGACGCCCCAGAGCCGUCAUACACUGUCCAGGCGGACAAUAUCACGGUAGAUUUAGGCUCACAGGCCACAGUUGACUGUUACCAGCGGCUUCUUGACCGCGAGAUUAUGGAACAAGCCUGGGCCCCUAGCCGAUCACUAAUGCGGGAAGUCCAUAUUUAUGAUGGUGUUCAUGCUCUUUUUGCUAAUAUUGAGUGGGAGCACCUAUUAUCUAUGGAUUUUGCCACUUGUCACCUACUGACCCGAGAUUUUUUAUCCACACUUAGUGAGAUAAAUCAUGAGGGAAACCUAGCUUUUCACAUUUCUAGCACCCCUCAUACUAUCCACGUGGACCAGUUAUGUACUAUCUUCCAUACCCCCAUCACCAGUUUAUUCCAUCCCACCCCCACUUUUGACGUACACGAGUUUCGAUACUCCAUCACUGAGCUUGAGACUACAAAAGCCGGCAAAGCCAAGCUUUUUCUUUUGUGGUGCAUGAUCACCAAGUCAUACCGUACACAUUUUGGUGAUAUUAUCAUCCAAAGGUUCCAUAGAGUUAUAUCCCUUCACACUGGUGGUGCAAUUCGCUGUGGUGGUUUGAUUUCUGUCAUUGCCCGCUCCUUUGCACCGCAAUCUCCUGCAUGGUACGCAUUCUUUUACAAGUGA